UUGGGUACCACAAAAGUUCAUGCUUUUUUCCUCGUCUUUCGUCAUGCUAAGCUUGCAGGCAGUAGGCGUUUUCUUUUUCAAUUUAUAACUCUUCUCUGAGAUCUUCUAUAAGUAUAUACUCCUAAGGUAGCUGGGACCCAAGUAUAGAAACUGUGAACUCCCUCUUUUCCUUUAGUAAGCCCCAAAUGAGUCGAUGUCACUCUCUUCAAGCUGCUCUGUUUCUCACUUAUUCUUUCUUCUUAACACUCACUAAUGCUACUAUAACCCCAGGAAACAAAGAAUCCUACAUAAUUAGAGUCCAAAAUGACUUGAAACCUUCUGUUUUUUCUGAUGUUGAGCAGUGGUAUAGUUCCACCCUUAGAAGCCUAAGUUGGAAUCCUCUUAAAUCCAGCACAACUGAUGAUGAGGAGGAAUUCCUUCAUGUGUACAAAACUGUUUUUCAUGGCUUUUCCACAAGACUAACCGCAGAAGAGGCCCAAGAACUUGCAAAUCGCCAUGGUGUUCUCUCAGUUUUACCUGACCAGCUUCGCCAACUUCAUACCACUCGUUCACCUCACUUUCUGGGGUUGGACUCAUCAUCAGCUUCUCCGAUGUCUAAUCUUGUAACCGAGUCUGAUUCCGGUUCUAAUGUUGUUAUCGGUGUGCUCGACACGGGUAUAUGGCCAGAACGACCUAGUUUUCAUGAUCAAGGCAUGGGAACAAUUCCAUCCUUUUGGAAAGGGGAGUGUACCCAAGGCCAAAAUUUUACAACAGCUAAUUGCAAUAAAAAGAUUAUUGGAGCCAGAUACUUUACAGCUGGUUAUGUGGCAAAAAUGGGGAUGAUGAAUUCCUCUGCCGAUGUAAAGUCCGCCAGAGACACCGACGGGCAUGGAACACACACAGCGUCGACUGCAGCUGGCAGAGCGGUUGGGGAUGCUUCUUUAAUGGGAUUCGCUAAAGGGGUUGCUGUGGGUAUAGCACCCAAGGCGAGAAUUGCUGCCUACAAGGUUUGCUGGAAAAGGGGUUGCAUGGAUUCCGACAUCUUAGCGGCAUUUGAUAAAGCUGUGGAUGAUGGUGUCAACAUUAUUUCAAUCUCCGUAGGUGGUGGUGCUGUUCCUUACAAUCUCGAUCCCAUAGCAAUAGGAUCAUUUGGAGCGAUGGAGAAGGGCGUUUUUAUCUCCGCUUCAGCAGGUAACGAAGGUCCUAGGCCGAUGACGGUGACGAAUGUAGCUCCAUGGAUUACAACCGUAGGAGCUAGCACAAUUGAUAGAAAGUUCCCUGCUGAUCUUGUCCUUGGAAAUGGCAAGAGAAUCACUGGCGCAUCAUUAUAUAGAGGUGAUCCUUUUCAUCAUUUACCUUUAGUAUAUGGUGGAAAUGCUUCAGUGGGUUUAAAAAAUGGUGCUAGGCAUUCUAGUAGCUUCUCUGCAGCAACAUGCAUGCCUGAUUCUCUAGAUAAAGAAUGUGUACGUGGGAAGAUUGUGGUCUGCGAUCGUGGUGGCACUCCAAGAGUGUCAAAAGGAGAGAUCGUGAAGGACGCUGGUGGUGUUGGAGUAGUUGUAGCAAAUGUAGCACCCAUGGGAGAAGGCCUAAUUGCAGAUGCACACUUGAUUCCUGGUCUCGGGGUUACCGAGUCAGCCGGUAACCUCAUUCGCGAUUACAUCAACUCCAAUGACAAUCCAACAGCCACUAUGACUUUCUAUGAUACACAAGUUGGGGUAAAACCGGCGCCUGUAGUUGCAUCUUUCUCUUCAAGAGGACCUAGUGCAGAGUCUGGUUUUGUUCUCAAGCCGGAUGUGAUCGCGCCUGGAGUGAAUAUCUUAGCAGCUUGGCCGGAUGGUCUAGCACCUACUGAGCUAUCAUCUGACACGCGCCGCACUGAAUUCAAUAUUGCUUCAGGAACAUCCAUGUCUUGUCCACAUGUAUCCGGUUUAGCGGCUUUACUCAAAGGAGCUCACCCAUACUGGUCACCAGCAAUGAUUCGCUCAGCUCUCAUGACAACUGCAUACAUCCAAGAUCAACAAGGCAAUCCAUUACUAGAUGAAAAAUCCUAUAACAUUUCAACGAUGUUGGACAUGGGUGCAGGACACGUCGAUCCCGAAAAAGCUGUUGAUCCUGGACUGGUUUAUGACAUAACAGUCGACGAUUAUUUGAACUUUUUAUGUGCGUCUAAUUAUAGUGGUAGGGAUAUUAGACAGAUUGCUAAGAGACCAGGGAGGUGCAUGGGGAAGCAUCAUAAGCCGUGGAAUUUGAAUUAUCCGGCAAUCUCAGUAGUUAUUGAUUCGAUGGAAGCACAAACUAUGGGAAUAGUACAAGUGACAAGGACUGUGACACAUGUUGGCGAAGCUCCAUCGACCUACACAGUAUCAGUGACAAAUCCUAAAGGUGCGACUGUAACGGUAACGCCAACGGUUAUGAAUUUUAAAGAAAGGGGUCAGAAACAAAGUUAUGUGGUCCAAAUUAAGGCUGAGAAAUUGGCGGUGACAACUUUAAACUCUGUGGUGGAAGUGGGAAAGUUAACUUGGACAAAUGGGAAACAACAUGUGGUUUCCCCUCUUGUUGUUGUUUGGAAACAAGGGUUAUGAUAUCAUGAUAGAUGGCUUUGAUUAUCCUGAUUCUGAAUAAUAAUAUAUUGUUCUAAGUUCUAUACAA